GCAGCGACGUUUGCGCUGAGUGGCUCGCGCAGCACAGUUCACCUUCCAAAGCCCCCAAAGCGUCGCAAAGCGCCGCCAAGGGGCUCUACGGUCCCAGAAACUUCCCUUUCGUGUGCUCGGGCACUUUCAUAGGCCGCGCGGCCUCAUUGCGGCGAGUUCUUCGGAGGACGCUGAAGCUCUAUGCCCAAACCAAGGAAUACAACGACCAGGCACUGAUUGCUGUGCUGCUCCUGCAGCGCCCAAGUCUGGGUUUCGUCGACUCUUCCGCCGAGCUCUUUCUCGGGCUCCAUGGCCACGACGAAUUUCUGGAUCUUGAGCGACCACUCUGCCGAGGCAGCUAUUUUGAGAGGGAGAAGCCAGCCACAACGACAGCGAAGCCCGCCCAGGAGGCCAGCGGGCCUAUGCCAGAGUACACUGCCGUUCGAAGCUUCCGCGGGCUGCUGCCGCCCAGGUUGCAGCGAUCCAAAGCUGGUCCACCGUCCGUCAUGCACUUCAAUGGCAAUGGCAAGAG